UUUGGAACGCGUCGAUGCUGCGAUAACGACGCCAUCAAGCAAACACGCAUAUACAAUAUGAACCGUUUAAAUUCAAAAGGGUAACGGCAUGCGUGUAUCCUAUCGAGGUCGCGUCCUGAUAAGAGUGGAUGAAUUUCUCUCGUGCAAUAGACAUUUUAUACAAAUCGAGAAAAUUAAAAGCGCGUGAAUGAUGGCUAAUCAACCGGAAUGGAAACCUGUCGUACAACAAAUGGUCGUGGAGAUCGAACAUUCAUUCAGCCAGCUGCAGAAGACAUGGGAAGGCAUCGGGUGCACCAGCGACAUGCGAUCGACUUAUUACGACCAAGCGCACACUCACAUAAAGGAGCUGUUAGAUGACAUGGUGGCUGAAGCGCAGUCAAAGGAGCAAGUGUUGAUAAAUACCAUAGAGGAUCUGUUGAAGCAAACGUCGUUGCUAUACGCGGAACUGCAUUUGAACGAAACACCGAAAACGUACGAGCAGAUUCCUCUGUGCAAGGUCGAGCAGAUGCUGCAGAUGGAUUUGCAGAAUUUGGAGCACAUAAAGAAGGAGCGUAUAAUGAUUUUGAAGGAGCUGUUGACGAAGGAGCACGACAUCUGCAAGAGACUCGGUUGCAAGGCACUGGGUAUCACUGUGAAUGUUUUGCCCACCGAGGAAGAUCUCGAAGGUUUCAAGCUCUAUCUGCAAAAGCAAGAGAUUGAGAAACUACGUUUGGACAGCAUUUUCAUGGACAUGCGUCGUUCCAUUAUCAAGAUGAUGAAUGACAUGGGAAUCUCUCCAUCGCCGUCCUCUUUUGAGGAACUGGUUUGCAAUAAUCCCGAAGAGUUUGUGCUGAGUACAAGCAACAUGAUGAAAUUGAGAGAGUUCAGAGACGAGCUGAACAUGCAAGUGGAAGAUGCAAGGUGUUGCGUCGAGAAAUUGAAAGAGGACCUGACAGCACUGUGGAAGUAUCUCGAUGAGCCAGACGACGUUCGCGAGGCUUUCUUUCAGAAGUAUCCUGGUUACAGCGCCAGCACUGUUAGCGCCUUGGAUGCCGAGAUAAAGCGUUGCAAGGAGAAAAGGAAGAAGAACAUUGCGGUUCAUGUCGAGAAGCUAAGAAACGAGUUGCGAGAGUUAUGGGACAAAUGCAAGUUCUGUGACAAGGAGAGGAACACGUUCGCACCGUUCUACUCCAAUACGUUCACGGAGGACUUGUUGACGUUGCACGAAUUGGAACUGGAACGACUAAACAAGUUUUAUAACGAAAAUAGAACGAUAUUCGAGCUUCUGAAGCAACGUGAGAAUCUGAUACUGAAAAUAAAGGAUCUGGUUAUGCGAGCGAACAAUCCCGAUCGUUAUCACAAUCGCGGAGGUGGAUUGCUAACAGAGGAGAGAGAACGCAAGGGGGUGCAGAAGAAAUUUUACGAGGUGGAAAGGGAAUUGAGGCAGUUGAUCAACGAGUACGAGACCAGACACGAUCGUGUGUUUACCAUCGAUGGUAAAAAUUGGGAAGAAGUUCUGGCGGACACUCUGGAGGAUAUCAGCCGCGAAAAGGAGAAGAUGAGGAGAGAGGCGAAGAGCUCGAUCAAGAAGUCUCCUCUAAACAGCUCCAAGCGGACGCCGGGUAUGGCGCACUUGAGCAUCCACAGGGGUCCGACGCUGGGACUGUCGAAGCGUAAAUUGUUCACCCCGUCUCCCAACUCGUCGAUAAAACGUCGAAAUAAAAACGGUGAUAAGAUCAAGCCAACCGUGGCCGCGUCCAAGAUCAGGAGGAGCGGAAAAAUGCCGAAGAUCGGGCACAAGUCGCGCAGAUCUUCUAACGGCGAGCGGAAGAAAAGGGAAUCGCUAUCAUCCAGCAUCACUGACACAACGUACAAUCAAUUUCAGGGACAUAUGACGGAUAGGGAAGAGUUGCAGAGCUCGAUGUUACCAGAGCAAAUUCUGAAAAGCGCAACCAACAAGAUCAACAUUAACAAGACACCGGUACGAACGCCGAUAAAACCGUUGCGAAAACACCUUUCCACGACAACAGCAACAACACCGGUCACCUGUGGCUCCACGCGUAGAACACCGCAUAGUCCCAGUCCUAGAGUCAUUAACACCAAAAAAAUGACGACGGCUCCUAACUUCAAUUACUUAUUUUAAAUUAGAAUGGCAUAAUUUUUUUAAAUUAAUAUGUGACAAUAAAUUUUCUCGUCUGCGAGAAUAAUCUGAAAAAUGUAAUUUUAACGGAAUCUUUUUACAAUCGUGCCGAAAAUUUAUCUCUCGAAUUUCAAAUUUUAUACGUACGGAUAGUACAAAUGAGAAUCGAUAUUACGUCGUUGCUUGGUGAUAUUGGAAUGCAAAAAUCUAUUAAAUUGCUUCCGACGUAGCAAAAUACACAGUCGAGAUUAGUUUAAGUUGGAAAAAAAAAAAUAUAUAUAUUGUUAGAUAAGAAAAGCACAUCACUUAUAAUAUUUUCCUUUCAUUGAAUAGCAGGUCUAUUCUGUAACUCUUAACGAUAGUUUCUUAUUGUUAUAAUGUCGCGACUUUUGUAUGUAACUCAUUAUAAUUAUAAUAUGGAACAUUAUGAUACUGAUUUUCGACACGUGUAACGACAACUCGAUACCGACUGUGCGAUUCUGUAACUCGGAACAGUGUUGACGUUACAAAACGUGGUAACAAAACAUCAUUAUUUAAUUUUUUAUAUAUUUUGUAUUUUUUAUAAUAAUAGCGAAACAUAAGUUUGUUAAAAGUUACAGAAAUCUGCAGAAAACGUAAUUCAACGCAAUUUUUAUUAGCAGCUAAAAUAUAUUUAGUAGAUUAAAUGUUUAUUAUUAUUAACGCACAUAUAUAUAAUUUAUUAAUAAGUUAGUGUACAAAUAUUUCUUCGUAAGUUUUAAAAUAUUUCUAAAUAAAGUAAUAUCUUUGUAAACAACGAGAAAGACUUGCAAAGUCUCUUUAUACGUUUUAAUAACGUAACAUUUUGAUACUUUUUCAAAUGUAUGUACACUAUAUGAAAUUUUAUUUCUAUAAUAUAAUUAUUCCGAGC